AUGGUCAUCGGGGACAGCCAGCAGCCUGCUUCAGAGGAUUCUCAUCUUCCCAACAGGGCGGCAAGCCAAGCUUCAGGAGGUGAGGAUCUGAGCGGACAUCCAGGAGAGAAGAGCGCGCAAAUGCCGGAGAACUUCAACAGCAUUCAUGUCGAGGUGCCUGAGUUGGGCAUUGAUGCAAACAAGGAGCCAUCCGAAGUGCACUCAGAAAUUCAGCCUCCGUCUAGGGAAUUAUUUUCAUUCGACGACAUGGACAUGUCAUAUGCCUGGUCGGAAAUCCAAGAUUUGGUGCUCGAUUUCGAUGGAAUGGAGAACGUGAGCAACAUCAACUGGGAUAAUAUCCUGGCCAACCGACAGUCAGAUGAUCCUGCAGCGACGCCCAGACCACCAGCCAAAGCGAUGCGACUGCGGCUGUAUCGACGAUUCGGGCCCACUGCUGUUCUGCCCGGAAUGAGAAAGCUCUCUAUUGCCGUCAACACUCGAUCUCCAGAAGGGAGUGAGCAGCUUGUUACACUUCUAGCCAUACCCACCACAGACAUUGUGUCUGGAAUCUUGAUCUUAGCUUGGGCGGAAUUUGGAGAUAACAACGAAGCUGGACUAUGGAUGCUCUCUGGUAUGGCUAUCCGGAUGGCUCAGGAUAUGGGGCUGCAUCGAUGUCCCGAGAAAGAAGCAAACCCUUCCAGCGUCGCUUUCUGGGAUCGUUCGCCUCUCAGUCCUGACGGCAAAGGUCUCCUUAGCGAUGAGAUGUCCAAACUGCACCAAGCUAAAUCCAAACUGAUCCUGUUCUGGACGGUAUUCUUCUUGGAUGUGUUUGUAUCCCUGCUUACUGGCAGACCACCCACUCUGAAGCGCUCAGAGGUCGAAGUGCCAAUCCCAACAACAGACGACAUGAAAGCCGCGCAGCUGGACUUCCAGGAGCACGUGUCAAUGAAGAACAAGAUUUUCCCUGAGAUAGCCCGGUUUAUGCUGCUCUAUUCAGAAGCAGUUGAACUUCUGAACCAGACACGGAGUGAAGAGAAUGUUGAGGACUCCACUUCUUCAAACGAUUCAUCUCAGAGAUCAAAGUUGGAAAAGGUCAGAGAUCAGAUCAUGAAUUUGUACCAUUCCCUUCCGCUGGAUCUGGCUUUUAGCAUCGACAACUACAAAGCUGCCAGCCUAUGUAGGCAGGCGGGACAGUUCUUGAUGCUUCAUGUCUACUUUUACACUUUCACAAUCCUCCUGUCGAGAAAGCAUUCACCAGAAGGUACGAGUAACUCACCCCAGCCACAGGCUGUGUUGGUGGCAUGCCAAAAGAUUGUUCAAAUGCUCAACACUGCUGAGCUCAUCGACAAAACCGGGUUUCUUUCUGUUCCGUUCAUCAACCAGGGCUUGUUCGUCGCGGCGUCUACGAUCCUGGAAGAGCAACAGUCUAAUCAGAAUCGGCCCCAAGACUUGUUUUCUCUGGUUAGUGGCACUGACUUUGACUAUCUCUGCAAGAAGCUGCAGGAAAUGUCCCACUACUUCAGGGGCACUGGCGUGACCCUAUCGGCAUUGGAACGCAAAAGACGAGAGGUCACGGCCAAAACCACAAGAGGCAACCACUCGAGCGAGGAUGAAGAUUCGGACGAAGAAAAGAAUGAGGUUGUUCAGUUGAGCGAUGGUGGCAUUGUAAAUCGAUACUCGAUACCGGAAGAAGGAAGCUAA